AUGUCCAUGACGAUGAACGUGGUUGAGGCGAAGGUGAUGGAGGCGAAGGUUCCCACCAAGAACACCUUUGUUCACUUCAGCGACGCCAGCAAACCCAUGGGGACUGCCAUCCUCACCCGAGCAGUCUCAUGCCCAUCCAUCAUGACAGACUUCGAGCAUCCCCAGCGAUCCAGGGGGAGCAGCGCAGACCAGAUGCUGUCAUUUAGCAAGGCAUCCUUCGUGGAGGAUGACAAUUGCAGUGCAGCCAGCACCUCCGGACAGGAGAGCGAUGACAACAGCCAAGGUGCUGAUGCCGAGUCCACCGGCACAUGGUCCCGGCACAACUCACCACUUAAUCUCGGACAAGGUGUUGCUGAGAUUCCGGCUUUGUUGUCUCAGAGCAAUUCCCCUGUCAACACGGGUCGAGGUGGUGCUGAGCCUUCUAGCCCACUCCCUGAAGCAGCCGGUAUGCACUCACCAACCAAAUCACCCCAGAAUCUGGGAAGCGUCUUUGGGGUUGCCAUUCCAAUCAUGCUCACCCCGCCAGUGGCCCCGUUGCCACAGACAGGCCCAAUGCACUCGGUGGACUCCGUGGCCGUGCAAGUCGGACAGACUAUUCCAGCAUCCAUGCAAGUGUCGCAGAUGGGCCCAAUGGAUGUGGUGGCGGUGCAAGUCGGCCAGACGGUGCCAAUGCACGCUGCGGAUGCGGUUGCUCUGCAAGUCGGACAAACUGGUCCGUUAUCUAUGCCAAUGCCGCAGACAGCCCCCAUGCACGAUGUGGACGCAGUGACCAUGCAGGUCGGACAAACCAUGCCGGCGUCCGUGCCCAUGCCACAGACGACCCCAGUGCCCGUGCAAGUCGGACAAACUGGCCCGUCAUCUAUGCCAAUGCCGCAGACAGCCCCCAUGCACGCUAUGGACGCAGUGGCCAUGCAGGUUGGACAAACCAUACCGGCGUCCAUGUGCAUGCCAAAGGCGACCCCAGUGCCAGUGCAAGUCCCGGCAUCUAUGCACCUGCAGCAGACAGCCCCCAUGCACGCUAUGGACGCAGUGGCCAUGCAAGUCGGACACACCAUGCCGGCAUCCAUGUCCAUGCCCCAGUCAGCCCCGAUGCAUGCAGUGGAUACCUUGCCAGUGCCUCUGCAAGCAUCCCAGACCAUGCCAGCUGUCCUCUCUGCUGGCCUGCAGCCCAUCCAAGCUUCUCGACCCGCUUCCAAGGAGCCAACUCAGGUCGUGAGUGUCGGGCAAGCUUCAGCCGGCACACAGCUUCAGAUGGAGAAGGCCCGCACAUCCAAGAGGCAGAACUUGACGAUGCAGAAGCGGAUCAACAAAGACCUCGUCGUUGCCGGCAGGAAAAAUCGUUUCGAGGUCCUUAAAGUCGCCACGAAGAACUUGGACACGAUGAAUGGAGUGAACCUGGCCACAGCCUUCCACCGCAUCGCCAAGGGCACCACCGAUGAGGUCGAGGCGGUGUCGGGCUCCAGUGCCUUCGCCAGCAUGCUCGUUGCAGCCGAGCGCUACGCGGAGCAGGAGCUAGCGCUCUUCCAGAUUCCGCUCUUCGCCAAGCUCGCGAAGGUGGCGACACCACGGAUCCGCAGCUGCCAGCCCUACGAGGUCACCAACUUGCUGUGGGCCUUUGCAGAGUUCUACAAGUUCGAGCAGGACGCCGCAGCUGAGUUGAGCACCGAGCUAAGGUCUUUGCUCGAUGGCGUGGCGGACUUGUUCUGCGGCAGGGCCGCUGGCGAGUUCAAGGUGCAAGUCCUCACCUCCGCCCUCAUGUCCGUCAGCGCGAUUCCAUGGGAUCAGAGCUUCUCCCAGACCUGGCUCUUCAACACCACCUUCCACGAGCUCGCCUCACGCUGGGGCAAGGCCCACGUGGCAGUUGCUCUCGAAAGGCUUCGUGUGAAGUGCAACCACUUCUGCGAGACCGUCUUGAGCAGCGGCAGCCAGAAGUUCCCGACCGUUGUGGCGGAGUUGGAAGCCAUGGCCGCUGAGAGGGCCAGCAACCAACUGGCUGCAGGACGCCCUGCCCAGCCUUGA